UUAGUGCGAUCGGAUCGUUCAACUCGCAGCUCCUCUCGUCGGAGUAGUAAUUGAAGUUGUAGCUCGUCCAGUAGCGCUAGCUAGUGGGACUUUCCUUCUGAGUUCUUGAAGUCAGGAGGCCAGUUCGGUCAGUUCGCGUGUCAUUCAUUCGUUAGCAGACCUGCGCGUGUCGCGGACGUGUCCGGAUAAUUCGCUAAGUUUUCCGCGUUUCAAAUUGCCAAUUUGCUAAUUGUUUGUCUAACAGCUCAAGCGGCAAUCGGAGUGCAUUCUGGAAGCAGCCUGUAGUCUGUUUUUCGCUCCUGAUCUUGACCCAUUGCGUUUGUUGUAUAGUGUUGCAAGCAGGGGUAUAUAAAAACGACACUCCCCAUCAGUGGAGCUGGUCAAUUACGACUUGACGGUGAAAGGAUUAGUGUGAUGGAAGAUUCUUUCCUGGCGUAAUUCUGGGUUUCGGUGGUGCGGUUCAAACAAAUAAUUGAUUUUUUAGAGUGGUGGAAAUUUAACCAUAAUUUAGUGAAAGUGCAGUUUCCGAUACAAAUCUGUAAGGAAAAAUCCUUGGUGAAAAAAUUGCACACAUAAAACAGAGUCUGUGUAUAAAUCUCAAGUGAUGAAAAAUCAGUUACUACCCCAAUGAAAACCGAUGAUGUCAGUGCAAGUACAUCUCGAGAAUAAUUUUUUAGUGGCAACGGAGGUGGAAAACUUACGUUCUGAUUCCCGGUGGAUGGAAAACAUAUUUUGGAAUAAUUGUUAAAACAAAGUUGCAGUGGAUCGAUUUUUUGCGCUCAGCCCGAUUGUGUACCAGCAUCGAUUGUAGUUCAAUACUAAAACAACCGCAGUCAUCAGUAGCCACAUUAGCGGCUAAAUAGUAGAAAAGUUACCACAACUCAACACGCACGGGAUGGGAUUACACAAAAACUACUUCAAAGUGGGACAAAAUGCUAGCAAUCAGCUGUUCGGUUUGCCGCCACGCGGCCCAAGUGGUACUACGCCGCUAUCGAUGCUUAUAUCGCAGGGAACGAAGUUCAAUAACGAUCGCUUAGCGGUAAUCAUCUUUGGAAUCGUUACCUUAAUUGCUGGUGUGAUAUUAUCUUCUGUUCCUUGGUUAAACAUUUUCAUAAUGAAGAAUCUAAGACUCUGGAACGGCACAAUAAGCUUCCACUACUGGCAGCGGCCGGGCGUCACUAGGCUAACUAAGGUGUACAUAUUUAACGUAACCAAUCCGGAGGGGUUUCUCGCCGGGGAAAAGCCAAAACUAGUUGAGAUAGGACCAUUUGUAUAUAGGGAGGAUAUGGAGAAGGUGAAUAUAAAGUUCCAUGACAACUACACAGUAACAUAUCAGCACAAGAAAAUUUUACAAUUUGUUCCUGAGCUAAGCGUAGAUAAGAACCAACGCAUAACGACACCAAAUAUCCCACUGCUGACCAUUUCAACUCAAAGCAAACAUCUAGGGUACUUCUUGGCCAAAACAAUUUCGCUGGUUCUGACGGCGACCAAGUACAAACCCUUCAUCUCGUUGACCGCCGAUGAGUUGGUGUUUGGAUACGACGACACGCUCGUGAGCCUUGCCCAUCGGUUCUAUCCCCGAAAUCGACGGCCAAUGUCGCAAAUGGGUCUGCUGAAUGGGCGAAACGGCACCCUCCCGGAGUACGCCACGAUGCACACGGGCCACAAAGGGAUGGAGAAGUUUGGUUACUUUGACAAGCUGAAUGGGCUGGACCACUUGCCCUACUGGGACCGGGAACCAUGCUCGAGGGUGGCGGCCUCCGAAGGAUCUUUUUUUCCACCCCGGGAUGUCACCAAAUCGGAUGUGGUUUACAUAUACGACAAGGAUCUCUGCCGCUCGCUUCCACUGGUUUACAGGCAUCCGGUUGAGAAGAAUGGUAUAACAGCGGAUCUGUACACACUGGCGGAAGAUGCAUAUGGGCCGGGUAAUGAGAAUAACACUUGCUUUGAUCAUCCGGAUUACAAGCGGUAUCAGGGCCUGCAGAAUAUUAGUCCGUGUCAAUAUGGGGCUCCAGUGUACAUCUCGAACCCGCACUUCUACCAGUCGGAUCCUCAGCUGUUAGAUGCGGUUGAAGGACUGAAGCCUGAAAAGGAAAUCCAUCAGACGUUCUUCAAAAUUCAACCGAAACUCGGAGUACCUCUGGAAGGACAAGUGAGAGUCCAGCUCAACCUCCUAGUCGAAGAAGCACCAAAUGUGAUGGCAACCAAAAACUUCCGUGAUUUUGUCUUCCCAAUUAUGUGGCUUGAAGAGGGUAUCAGCGAUUUGACGCCUCCGAUCCGGCGAUGGAUUUACCUGGCCACGGUGUUCGCCCCAACAGCCUUACCGAUCGUAUCAUACGGAACGAUCCUCACCGGAACUUUCGCGCUGAUAUACGUGUUCGUCAAAACGUACAAGAAUUUUGUGUUCGCAUCGGAUCCAGCGACAGAGUUCCUGGAGAUGGGACGAAGAUCACUCCGCCGGAGGAGCAGCGUGAUCAUCAACGGCCAGCACCGGAUAAUGAUGCAGCGUGACAGCUAUAUGCUGCUGAAAAGCACCGAAACGGACCUCCAUCAGCAGCAUGGCAGCGAGAACAACAAUACCAACGGUCAUCACAAUAACAAUCUACUUCAGGAUCAUCGCCGUAAGGAGCAGCACAGUUCGGGCGACGAAAGUUCGUCGGCUUGAAUGCUCGCGCGCCAACGGCGAGUGUACCUUUCUAAUCAAUCCCGGGCGAUUUUUUCCGCCCAACUAAAGAUUUUUAAACUGGUGAUAGAGACUGUGUUUUAUAACUGUGUGUGUGCGUGUUUUCAUACUGAUUUUCGCUACCUAGAUUCUUAUGAUCGAAUUUAGUCAUAUUUCGUUGAUUUAGGCAAACAGUUUAACUUGUACCGUCCCAGAUGCUCAUUCCCAAUGAUAAUUGCUCAAGUUAUCUAGCGAGGUGAAAUUAUAUUGUAAGUAGAAUAAGGUCCAGACACAAAAAAAUGAAUUGGAAGUCUUAAUUGAUCUUAAGUCAUCUAUACUAGCAAUAAUCACACUAACAUGUAAAUAUAUCUUUAUGGAUUAAUUUAAGAGAAAAACUGAAAUUUUAUGAAGAUCAUUCG